CAUGUACUCAUUACUUGGAAGUAAUUAGUUUUGAAUAUUAAAACGUUAAUUUUUUUUAUUUUUUUUAAUACAAAGAUCUAAAUUUACCGUGUGUGAUCAAUUUUUAAUAAUACGCAUUUUUUAAGUUGUUAUUUACUUGUACGAUACCGAUCGUUACAUAGUAAGAUUGAAUUAUUACCUUGACAAAAAUUAUAGAUUAAUUUAGACUAGUUGGUGGCAUAAUUGUUGAAUGAUUAAUAAAAUUAUCAAGUUGCAAUAAUGCAUAGACAUUAAUCAAUGUUUAUAUUCAUUUAGUUGAAUUUUAAUAAUGUACACUACAUUGCAUAUACAUACGAGUAUUUGACUCCCAUACGAAGAAAUACAACACACCUUUACAACUCCAACAACUUUUCCCGCAAUAUUUCUUCCGCCUCCACCACCAAAACAACAACCAAAACCACCACAAUUUCCGACGAGUUUCUCGGCCACCGGUGAAUCCUUGUCGGGAAAUAUUUUCUCAUGGUUUCUGCAUCGGAAAUAAUAUCGUCUUCUGCGAACCGCUUGCCGCCCAAACCACAACCACCACCAUCGUCGCCGACCGAUUUCUUCUUCUCUCUUUUCCACCACCACCCUCGCUUAUGUCUCCUCUCCCUUUUCCUCCUCCUUCAACUCCUCUUCCUCACCUCCUUCUCCGACCACCGCCCGCCGUUUCUCACCGCCGCCACUUCUGCCGCCGUCAGCUCCACCAUCCCACCACUUGAUCAGUGCGAAAACGGCAAAAUCUUCGUCUACGAUCUCCCAUCACAAUUCAACUCCGAUCUUUACAAAAAUUGCGACAAAUCAAGCGUUUGGGGUAACUGGUGUGGGGCCCUCUCGAACGACGGUUUUGGCCAUAAAGUGACGGAAAAUAAUCAUUUAAUGCCGGAAAAUCUCGCCGGCGCUUGGUACUCAACUGAUCAAUUUUCUUCCGAGGUUCUUUUUCAUAAUCGUUUACUUUUUCAUAAAUGUCGUACAUUAGAGCCGGAAUCUGCUACGGCGUACUACAUCCCGUUUUACGCUGGAAUUGCAGUGGGUAAAUAUAUGAUGGAUGAUUUUAGUCCAAAAGAUAGAGAUCAGCAUUGUGAAAUGAUGCUUGAGUGGGUCCAAGGAAAUUAUCCCUAUUUUAAUAGAUCCAAUGGCUGGGAUCAUUUUCUUGUUAUGGGGAGAAUUACGUGGGAUUUUCGAUGGUAUGGUGAUCAAGGGUGGGGGUCUAGGUGUAUCACCAUGCCGUCGAUGACAAAUGUCACGCGGUUGUUGAUCGAGAAAAACCCGUGGGAUUAUUUUGCUGAUCAACCCUCCGAUGUUGUUUUGUGGCAGGAGUUUGUCCGGUCACGUGAGCGGCGUUCUUUGUUUUGUUUCGCCGGUGGCACACGAGGUUGGGUUGAAAAUGAUUUCCGGGGGUUGUUGUUGAGUCAAUGUCAGGACUCGUUCGAGUCGUGUAGACUCGUGGACUGCAGCGGGGGUCAAGGGUGCGGGACGUCUGUAAUCCUUGAAUCAUUUCUUGACUCGGAGUUUUGUCUUCAGCCUAGGGGUGAUAGUUUUACUCGUCGAUCUAUAUUUGAUUGCAUGUUGGCCGGUUCGAUACCGGUUUUCUUUUGGAAACGAUCAGCUUAUCUUCAGUAUGAGUGGUUUUUGCCAGGAGAAUCAGAGAGUUACUCGGUUUUUAUUCACCGUGAUGAGGUGAGAAAUGGUACUUUGAUAAAAACCGUGUUGGAGAAGUAUGGUAAAGAGGAGAUAAAAAGGAUGAGGGAAAAGGUGGUGGAAACUAUUCCUAAAUUAAUAUACGCAAAACCUAAUGAAGGGUUAGGGAGUAUGAAAGAUGCCAUUGAUAUUGCUGUUGAUGGCGUUUUAAAGAGAAUCAAGGAGAAAAAAGUAUGGAAAUUAAUCUAGGAUGAGUAUAUUUUCAGUGUCAAUAAACCAUAUGUGUGCCAUUGUUGCACAUACAACCCUGUGGCACCAUCCAAUUGUUAAGGGUGACAAGGUUCACUCUUAUGAAUUGAACAAUUUCGAGUCGACUUGGCUAUCACAUGAUUAAUCACCGUGUGUCCGUGUUGCAAUAGUUACAUCAUAAGUUAUAAUUGUACGGUGAUCAACAAGGUAAAUUAUUUUUAUGCGCUAUGCAAAUUGUUAAGUGGUUUUGGAUAACAAAUUGUUGUCAAGGUCACACCAAGGAAAGAUCAGGUACCUUUCAAUGCAAAAGAUGGGAGAAAGUUUUGAACAUACACUAUGGAGUACUACUCUAUAAAUAAUUAUAUAUGGCAUGACCAUGCAUGUAAGGUAAUUUUUUUAGUUAUGUUGAAUUGAUGUAGUCAUGUAGAUUAAAUAUAGAAUUAUUGAUUUUAUUUAUUUUUAGAAUUAUUUGGACUACUCUGUAAUUUCUAAAUUUCUAAUAAUUGUGAGAUAACAAGUGUUUAUUGCAUUUUCACAAUGCAUUGCAUAUCAAUCUGUAAAGCAGUGAAUUGGGUCACUCGUCGCUAUCUACACAGUAGGCACUCACUUUCUAUAGAGCUGUAAUUAAUGGCAGCAUUGUAUGGGAAAGCUGUGAAUGAUAGUUCAGUUUGACAUUUUGACUUCUAAUUUUGAAGCUAGCAUGGUCAAUUAGUCAUGAAUAAUGGUCAAUGGAUAUGACCAUAAUAGCAAUACGGAUCAAUUGUUAGUUUGUUACGGAGUACCAUACAUGAAUAAUAGUGGUAAUAUGGUGGAUCCGUAUUUUAAGUCUU